UGUCGCAGGCGUGAGCAUCUGUCUCUAUUGGCUGCUGCUGCUGCAGUGUUUGGGGGUUUUUUUCAGCUCUUUGUCCUUCCCAGUUGUGAAGUGUCAGAACACAAAUGCAUUUGGUUGAUUUACUGUCUGAGACCGGAUAAGCUCACUCCCAGGAGAAAAAGUAUUUCUUCGCAAUUUGGAAACCGAGACAAUGAAAUAUCGAGGCUGUUUGUAGUCAGAGGGUCAGACUUUUUCCACGGUCCAGAUGCUGGCUCUGUCCAGGUGUUCGGCAGCUUUGAGGUGGAGGCUGUCCCUGCGCUGCUCUGCCCUCUCUCUGGGGAGGGCUACCACGAGCAGCCAGCCCUCCACCGCAGCCGGGCCUCAGUUUCUAAGACCCCAGACUGCUCUGUUUCACCAAAGUGAAGCCAAAGCCAGUCCUGAGCCAAGCAAGCCCGCUUCAGUGUUGUCCUCUGCGUCCGGGCUGGAAGGGGAGCUGCUCGAGAUGGGGAUGUGGUCUUUGGGUCUGGGCGCUGUCGGAGCUGCGCUUGCCGGGAUCUUCCUGGCCAACACUGAUCUGUGUCUGACUAAAGCUGCCAAUGCAUCACUGGAGCACCUUGAAGAUACCAACCUGCGCUCCACCGUAGAUGAUGGCAAGGUCAUCAAAGCAAAGAGCCUGUGGCAGACGAACGGGGCCGUGGUCAUGGCCGUACGACGGCCUGGAUGAUUUCUGUGCAGAGAGGAGGCCUCUGAGCUGUCCUCUCUGAAGCCCCAGCUGGAAGAGCUCGGGGUCCCUCUGGUCGCUGUGGUGAAGGAGAACGUCGGCACAGAGAUCCAGGACUUCAGGCCGCACUUCGAUGGGGACAUCUACGUAGAUGAAGAGAAGCACUUCUAUGGCCCGCUGCAGAGGAAGAUGGGGGGCCUGGGGUUCAUCCGCCUCGGAGUGUGGCAGAACUUCAUGCGGGCCUGGAGGUCCGGCUACCAGGGCAACAUGAACGGCGAGGGCUUCAUCCUGGGGGGAGUGUUUGUCAUCGGAGCAGGGGACCAGGGGAUUCUCCUGGAACAUCGCGAGAAGGAGUUCGGGGAUAAGGUGCAGACCUCAGAUGUGUUAGCGGCCGUUAAGAAAAUUGUGCCCGUGAAAUAAGGUUUAGAUCAAAGUAGUACAUUUAGAUCAAAGUUUAGAUCAAAACUAGAAUUAAGGAGUAAUUUUUAACUUGACACGUUGAGUUGCAAAGUCCAUCCAUCACUGACAUACUGAUAUUAUAAUAACAUAAAUAUGCUAGAGUUGUCCAAUAUCACAACAUUGUGUGUCUUUUGCAUAUUAAUUUACUGUUGGUUAUGAAAUCCAUGCUGUGAAAUACAGAAUUUGUCAGUUUCCUCUUUACUUCUGCAGACACAUACUAUUUUUUUUCAGACGGGUAUUAAAAACAGGUAGAAAGGAAUUUAAAGGCAGCAUUUUCAUUCAGGUACGUCGACCAUAAGAUCACUUGAAUUUGUCCCUUUAGAGAAGAACAUACGUCAUUCUGCUGGAUUACACGUUUGAUUCAAUAUUCUAUGAACUCAGUCUGCCAGUGGCACAUUUCUGUUAACGUUCAUAUGCGUUAUCUCUGUUUGCUUCUCCUGGUCAGGCACCACAAUGGGCCCCAGACACGGCAGACGAGUGUGUUUGUGUGGUCUGUGUGUGUGAUAAUGAUAACCUGACUCUAAACUCAACACUGAGAGGAGCAGGUUUGAUGCUCGAACACAUGCAGGUCCAGCCGCCGUCGCCCGUGUUUGAGGAGUGUUUGUGGUGUCUGAAGCAGGUGUCGCGUGCAUAUGUGUGUGUGUGUGCGUGAGAGAGAUUGUGUGUACCUGUACAUGUGAAUACUAGCUGCAGAAAAUUACAAUAAAGAAGACCUCAU